AUGGGCAACGAAGUCAGCCAGUUGCCGGCCGACGCGGGACUCGGCCCUUUGGCACGAAGGGAUUCGGGCUUUCGAGACGACCAAUACGUGCCCGUCCGUCGACCCAGUCAGCUCGGCCUCGGGCCUGGCUCGUGUGCCUCUGAGACGACCGGUCUCCAAGCGCCCAGGCGUCAAGGCCACAGUCAACCACCGCGGCGGCCUCACGAGGCUUCUGCCCUCGGCAACGCGUCUGGAAGGAUCCCAGAGACCGGCAAAUGGCCAACACAAUCGCCGCACUCCUUCCCUCCUUCCGUGCAGACCAUCGCUGUUGACGCCUCUUGCGGACUCGUCUCUGCCGAAGCCGGCGAGGACAGCCGCGGCUCGACCUCCUCUUCGGCCAGUCUGCUCGGCCUGUUGAAACGCUCGAUCGGCUCUGCGGUGUCGGGCGCGCUGUCCGGGGCGAAAGAGACCCACGACGGACACGAAAUGGGCUCAGGACAGACCUGGGAGACGGAUUGUCCGAAACGUGGCUUCCCGGACGAGGGUCUCAGUGAAGAGGAGGAUCUGCGAGAGGCGGCAGACGAUGAAUUCAGCGAACAGCCAACGCACGAAGAGGAGGAGGAGGGAGAUGAGGAAGAGGAGGAAGGCGAGGCAAGCAAGACAAGCAGGCGGUAUACCUUCGAGGAGGGAGCCAGUGCCAGCUCAAAAGACAAACACGACUGGGGGUCGCGAUGUCGAAUACGCAUGCCACCAGAGCGGAGGAUACCGGAAUGGCUGAGAAGCCAGCCGGUCAGUCGUUCGCGUCUGUUGGAGCCCGACCUCUCACAGCUGACGGAAGAGGAGCGCCAGCACAUCGCCGGAGUGCUUUCUCGAGUCCGCAAGCUCGAGCAGGCCGAAGGUGACCGACUAAGGUGGGUUUCGUUGUUUCCUUACCUCCAAUUCAUUAAUAACGUUCUCCAGGGUUUACAGGGACAGAUAGCAAUUAGAAUCAUGCUUAAUGCUGCAUUGGAAUUAACUGCGACGAGCUGA